AUGGCGGUACUAAGCUUCAGAAAGAAGGAUCGUAGCGAUUACCCACAGCGAACAGACUCCGAUGAUUCUGCUUCUGAUCGUAAGGACGAGAAGGCGGACGAGGACCUGUCUGGCGAACAUGUAGAAAGACAAGACCAAGAUGUGCAACACCAAGCGAGCGUUCUCGCUUUAAUCGAUCCUGCAAAGGAGAAGCGUCUCGUGCGCAAGAUUGACAGAUGGCUGAUUCCUUUGGUCAUGCUGCUCUAUCUCAUGUCGUUCAUUGAUCGUGUUAAUCUGGGAAAUGCAAGACUGUACGGCCUCGAAGAAGACCUAGGCAUGAACCAGGAGACAGGCUAUGAGUUCUCAGUUGCGAUCACGGUAUUGUUUCCAACUUAUGUCGCAUUCGAGCUUCCAAGCAACUUGGUCAUGAAGCACUACGUGCGUCCGUCACGCUGGAUUGCAUUCAUCACCAUCUCGUGGGGCUUCGUUGCGACGUUCUCGGGCUUCACGCAGACUUAUGGAGGGCUUCUCGCAUGUCGUGUUUUGCUUGGACUGACGGAGGCUGGCUUGUUUCCAGGCCUAGUCAUCUACUUGACCCUAUUCUAUACGCGCCAGGAAAUCGCGCUACGCACGGGUUACUUGUUCGUUUCCGCCGCUAUUUCCGGUUCCGUUGCUGGACUACUCGCAUAUGGUAUUGGAUUUAUGGAUGGAUUGGCAGGAAUGAGUGGAUGGAGAUGGAUCUUGAUCAUUCAAGGAUUACCAACAAUCAUUCUCGGCCUUUAUUGUAUCUGGGGACUAGCGGACGACGCUGACACUGCCUUCUUCCUCAACGAGGAGGAACGAGCACUUGUUAAGGCACGCAGAGCCGCCCAAGGGACUACCAACGAAUUCGACGGGGCAGAUUUCAGACUUGGCAUGAAGGUUGGAAGACAUAUAUUCUGUGGCAAUGUGUCACAUUACGCUUAUGCCACAUUCCUACCCACCAUCAUCAGGGAGAUCUUCCCAGAUGCUAGCACCGCCAUUGUCCAGCUUUACACUGUGCCGUGCUACGCCACAGGAGCCAUAAGCUACCUAAUCGUAGCAUGGUUCAGCGACCGAACCCAACUCCGUGGCCCUUUCGCCUCCAUCUUCGCCUUCAUCUCAGCAACAGGCUACGCCAUCCUCGUAGGCGCUGGAUUAACUGGAACAGGCCCCGGAGUCCUCUACUUCGGCUGCUUCGUAGCAGCAGCUGGAAUCUACGUAAUCCUCGGCCUCAACAUCGCCUGGCUCAACACGAAUAAUCCUCGAUACGGUAAACGGGCCACAGCUUCGGGGAUGCAAAUCAUGUUGGGGAAAUAUUCCUGGCGUUAUUUCUCCCUGGUUGUAUACAAACAGCGAUGCGCCUUUGUAUACCAAGGGACAUUCUGUGAAUGUGGCUUUGGUGGCUCUUGCGGGUGUGGUGCAUGGUUUCAUGUUCUUUUAUUUUACGUGGGAGAAUAA